CUCCCGCGGCGCUCGUGCACUCCUUCUGCUGCUGCGCUCCCUGCUCGGGCUGCGCGCGGGCGGCGCUCCGCAUUGCACACGCGAGGGGCGCCGCAGUGUUCGUGGGAUGGGGCAGCGGGCUGCCUCUGGCGGCAGGGACGCGUGCAGCCCAGGUACAGGUCAUCUACCAUUGACUCAAGUGCCCACUUUGGGGCCCUCUGUAUGAGUGACACACCAGUCUGCCAUGGAACCUAGCCCUGCCCUGGCCUGGCUCCUGCUGCUGAGCCUGCUGGCGGAUUGUCUGAAAGCUGCUCAAUCCAGAGACUUCACAGUGAAAGACAUAAUCUACCUCCACCCUUCAACCACCCCAUAUCCUGGUGGAUUUAAAUGUUUUACCUGUGAAAAGGCAGCAGACAAUUACGAAUGCAACCGAUGGGCUCCUGACAUCUACUGUCCUCGAGACACCAGAUACUGCUACACUCAGCACAUCAUGGAAGUCACAGGAAACAGCAUCUCUGUCACCAAGCGCUGUGUCCCACUGGAGGAGUGCUUAUCCACCGGCUGUCGAGACUCGGAGCAAGGCCACAAGAUCUGCACCUCCUGCUGCGAAGGAAAUAUCUGUAAUCUACCACUCCCUCGAAAUGAAACUGAUGCCACAUUUGCCACAACAUCUCCUAUAAAUCAGACAAACUGGCACCCACACUGUAUGUCAGUGAUUGUGUCCUGCUUAUGGUUGUGGCUAGGACUCACCUUAUAGCAGCCCUCUCCACCAAAUGUAGUUGAGCUUUGCAAGGGUUCUCUGUUGCCAUCACAGUCAUGCAUGAGUUGUUGGCCUGGCAGUCGUGACAUGAUGCAGCCUCAGCACCCUGGACAUCCUCACAACCACACAUUGCCAUUACCACGAAGAACAAGCAUUGUUUCAAUGCUCUCAUUUCCAGCCUGAACCAGACCCCAUCUAAGUCACCCUGUCCUCAAUACAGACCCUGAUUUCUAUACCGCAAGCCUGUGAUUUUGCUUCAAGAAAGAGUUCUACAUUUAUUGAUG